AUGUCGUUCGACAUCAAGGAUGAAAUGUACAUCCAUAACCCUGAAAUCUGUGACCAAGACCCUAUGGACUUGAAGCAAGAGAACAUGCGCAUGUUCAACCAACAGCAAAUAAACUCCUACUACACUCCGAAUGGCUACAUGGCCCCGGGCCAAUACGGAGGCCACUGGUCUCCUCAAACCAUGAAUGACGUCUCGCAGAACUCAAUGAAUCAGCAUUAUGUCAUGAAUGGCGGCUACCGUGAUGUUCCAAGCGACGAUAUGAAGUUUCGCCAGGCGCCAGUUAUGAUGGAAAACGGUUCCAUCAGCACUGUGUCACUGCCUUCUUAUGGAGGACAAAUAAUGAACGUUCAGAACGUCCAUUCUGGCAACAAGCCUUCAGAUGUACCACCUCCUAUUAAGGCCGAGGUUCUGUCGGAUGUCGACAACGGUAAGAAGCGUCCUAAGGCCAAAAAGCAGUUUUUGAGUGAACAGGAGGCGCUUUUGAUGGAGAAAGACGAUUCGGAGCUCAACGACCAUGAAUUGACGAUCAAGAAGAAGGCGCAGAACAGAUUGGCCCAACGAGCCUUCCGUGAGCGUAAGGAGUUCAAGUUAACAGAACUUGAGAACAAGUUGCUUCAAAGUGAGGAGGAACGUCAGAAGCUUUUGGAGAAACUUGAUGAGAUCAAACUGCAGUUCAUUUCCAUAAGAACAGAGAACCGUUUCUUGCGCAACUCCGCCGACCUGUCGUCUGCAGCGCUGGGAUACGGUGUGGCCCUCGAAAACUCGCUGUUUGUCUUCCCCAAGUCGCAGGAGGAAUUCAUCACGAACAUGGUGGAAGGAACAGGCCAUAACGUUAACCAGGACACCAUCAACAAGGUCUACGACGAGCCUCUGAAUCCUGGCCGCAAGGUACUUGCCAUUGGUGCUGUGUGGGACUAUUUACAGAUCAAAGCCGAGGAGGAGAAGUAUGAGAAUGUUGACAUGAUUGAAGUGAUGUCGCUACUAAAGGGAAAUGAGGCAUGUCAUGGCUACGGGCCAGCAUACCCGCUCGAAUUAGUUGAAUCUGUGCUCAAUCAGGUUGCCGAGUGCACUUAA